AUGAAUCGAUGGAGUGUUUUAAAGUAUUGAAUCAAAAUUUCUAUUCCAAAGGUCCUUGAGGAGUGCUUCAUUACAGAAUAUUAUUGUUCUCAUUAAUAUAAUAUAUUUUAUAAUCAACAUUUAAGUCAAAACAGCAAAAACAAAAACCUUAGUUACGUUGAUAGAAAAUAAUACCAGUUUUCGAUAGUCUUAAAUCUUAUCUUUGUAAAUAGGACAAAAAAAGUGGAUUAUAUACUAAUAUAAAAGAAUAAAGAUGCUGGCUCUAUUAUAUUUAAUUAUAGUGAUAUAGGAUAUUGUUAUAGUUAUGCUAUUACUCAUUUAAAUAUAGAAGUUUCAAAGAACAGAUCCUUACUAUUCUGAAGGGUAAGAUGUAAUAAAAAUUAACAAUAACAAUUUUUUUUCUAAUGAGAAAGAAAGGCUGGAAUAACAAAUCCAAUUACUCAGAAUAACAGAAGUAUAAUUAUAAUUUAAUAGAUUGAAAAUCUGCCUACUAAAUUAGAAUGCCUGAUUGGAUCAUUUAGACAUUCAAUUUCAAUAUCAAUUAUCUAUUAAUAGCAUGACUUGGCAAUAAUAAGUGAG